AUGGGAGGUAAAGUUGACAAUAGUGUUAACACCGGUGGUGGUCCCCCUGUAUUUCGUUUACACGGGCAAAAUUACCACUUAAUUGGUAGUUUACUACCGUUAGAUGGUUGCGAGCCGAAGUUUGCCCAGUUAUAUGUGUAUGAUACGGACAACGAGAUCAAUUACAGAAUAACGUCUGUGAGGCAGAGGGAUGCUGUCAAUAACCUUCAUUUAGAGAUUGUUAGUGAUUUGCAACAUAUGUUGGAUGAAAAUAAUGCGUUAGUGAAGUCUUUUCGUAUGGCCAAAGAAAAGAUUGGACAUGAAAAUCAACCCAAUUUAAGUUUGAGGUUGCUUGGUAAGAGAGGUAGGGAUGGAAGAACCUAUAACCUACCGUCUGUUUCUGAGGUUGCUGUGCUUGUCGUUGGGGAUUUUGAUGAAGCUUUGGGUGACAGAGAUAUUGUUGUUGUAAAGAAGUCAGGGCAAUUGCAGCGCAUUAGUGAACUGCAUCCUUCUUAUCUUCCACUUCAGUAUCCACUUUUGUUUCCUUACGGGGAGGAUGGUUAUAGAGAAGAUAUUGGAUUUUCUAAAAAUUCUUCUUCUUCAUCGACUCAUAGAAAAAGUAUUAGUCCUAAAGAAUUUUUUGCCUUUCGCUUACAUGAAAGGAUUUCUGAGUAUUCUAUUCUUUUAUUCGGAAGGCGAUUGUUUCAGCAGUUUGUCGUUGAUGCAUAUACGAUGAUUGAGACUGGACGUCUUACUUUUGUACGAACCCAUCAAAAAAGGUUGCGGGCUGAAUUGUAUAGUGGUCUGGCGGAAGCUGUUCUUCGUGGUGAGACAGAUGGUUCAAGGUAUGGGAAACGAAUUAUCUUGCCUUCCAGUUUUGUUGGUGGAGCUCGAUAUAUGGUUCAGAAUUAUCAAGAUGCGAUGGCGAUCUUUGUGUACACGGUUGAGUUUCAGAAACGUGGAUUGCCCCAUGCUCAUAUUUUGUUGUUUUUAAGCAAUGAGGACAAACAGCCUAAGCCUCAACGCAUUGAUGAGAUUAUUUCAGCUGAACUUCCCGACCAAGUAACUGAUCCUCACUAUUAUGAGUGUGUGAAAGAAUUCAUGAUGCAUGGGCCGUGUGGUGUUGUUCGAAAAUCGUCUCCUUACAUGCUCAAUGGACGUUGUUCCAAAUAUUUUCCCAAAAAAUAUCGAGCGGCCACAAACAUUGAUGAAGAUGGCUAUCCUGCUUACAGACGUAGAGAUAAUGGUCGUGUUGUUAUGAAGGAUGGCGUGCCCUUAGAUAAUAGAUAUGUUGUUCCUCACAAUCGUUUUCUUCUUAUGAAGUAUAGCGGCCAUGUCAACGUUGAGUGGUGCAACCAGUCGCAAUCUAUUAAGUAUAUAUCGUCUUGUGAAGCUGCUUGGAGAAUUUUUGGAUUUGAAAUUCAAUACAAAGAUCCUCAUGUUGAAAGAUUGAGUUUUCAUCUUCCAGAUCAACAACAUGUCAUAUUUGAUGAAGCUGCUGACUUGGAUACUGUUUUGAAUCGUAAAACAAUUCAUGAAAGUAAGUUCUUGGCAUGGAUGGAAGCAAAUAAGAUAUAUUCUCAAGGUAGGGACCUCACUUAUGGUGAAUUUCCGACGAAAUUUGUAUGGAAGAAGAAUCACUGGGAACCUAGGAAACAAAGAUAUUCGAUUGGAAGGUUAUUUUAUGUUGCUCCUGGUUCUGGUGAUAUGUAUUAUCUAAGAUGUUUGUUAAAUAUUGUUAAAGGAGCAUCUUCCUAUGAAGACAUCAAAUGUGUUAAUGGUGUUCAGUAUGCUACAUUUAGAGAUGCUUGCUUUGCUUUAGGGUUGUUGGAUGAUGAUAAGGAAUACGUUCAUGGAAUUGUGGAGGCUUCUUUUUGGGCUUCAGCUCAGUCUUUGAGAUUGCUCUAUGUGAGUUUGUUAACAUCGGAAUCUAUUUCACGCCCGGAUUUUGUUUGGCAAAAUUGUUGGAAAUAUUUGUCCGAAGAUGUUCUUUAUAACCGUCGAAAAUUAACAAAUUAUCCUGGUUUGAUCUUGAGUGAGGAUGAAAUUCAGAAUUUUGCCUUGGCAGAAAUAGAGAAAUUGCUGCAGAAUCUUGGUAAAACUUUGCGUGAUUUUCAUGGUUUGUCGUAUCCUGAUAAUCAGUAUUUUGAAUCAUGUGAAAAUAGACUGAUUACUGAUGAGUUGUGUUAUGACCGCGAUGGUUUAGCAAGUGAAUAUUCGGAAUGUAUUUCCAAAUUCACUGAUGAGCAACUUUAUGUCCAUGACACUAUAAUGUCUUCUGUGUAUUCUAAUGAUGGAAGAAUAUUUUUUGUUUACGGAUAUGGAGGUACUGGGAAAACUUUCAUUUGGAGAGCAUUGUCUGCUGGGAUUCGUUCGAAGGGCGAUAUUGUUUUAAAUGUGGCGUCAAGUGGCAUAGCAUCUUUAUUAUUGCCGGGUGGUAGGACGGCUCAUUCUCGGUUUAAAAUUCCCAUUAUUGUGAAUGAAGAUUCUAUGUGCAAUAUUAAACCAGGUAGUGCACUUGCUGAGUUGAUUGUGAGAGCUAAGCUUAUUAUAUGGGAUGAAGCUCCAAUGAUUCAUAAACAUUGCAUAGAAGCCGUGGAUAGAACUUUAAGAGAUAUUAUGCGUGUAUGUGAUGAAUUAAAUAGGAACAAGCCGUUUGGUGGAAAAACGGUUGUUUUUGGUGGUGACUUUAGACAGAUCUUGCCUGUUGUUCCUAAAGGCAGUCGUCAAGAUGUUGUGAAUGCUACCAUUAACUCAUCUUAUCUUUGGAAGAGUUGCACAGUUUUAAGGCUGACAAAAAAUAUGAGGCUUUUGAAUGUGGAAAAUAUUGAUGAAGCUUCUAAAUUGAAGGAAUUUUCCUCUUGGGUUGCUUCUAUUGGCGAUGGUGUUGUUGGUGGUCCAAAUGAUGGGGAAGUGAGUAUUCAACUUCCUACUGACAUUGUUUUGUCAAAUUCUGGUGAUCCUCUUAGAACCAUUGUUUCAAACGUCUAUCCUUCUUACAUGAAUCCUGAAGAUUUGAUCAGUUGUUUGCAUGGCCGUGCUAUACUUGCUCCUACAUUAGAGGUAGUUGAUGAGGUUAACCAAUUCAUGAUUUCUUUGGAUCAGUCUCCAGGUCGAGUUUACUUUAGUUCUGAUAGUAUAUCAAAAUCUGAUUUCACAUCAAAUGGUCUCGCUGAGAUACAUUCUGUUGAGUUCUUGAACAGUUUGAAGUGUUCUGGUACACCUAACCAUGAAUUGUUGCUGAAAGUUGGUACACCUGUGAUGUUGUUGAGGAACAUAGACCUGUCAAAUGGGUUGUGUAAUGGCACAAGAUUGAUAAUUACACGAUUAGGUGAUUAUGUGUUAGAGGGACGGGUAUUGGGCGGCCAUAAUAUUGGCCAUAAAGUGUUGAUUCCUCGAAUGUCCUUAAUACCGUCUGAUCCGAGAUUGCCUUUCAAGUUCCAAAGAAGACAGUUUCCUUUGACUGUGUCGUACGCAAUGACCAUUAACAAAAGUCAGGGUCAAUCACUCUCUCAUGUUGGAUUGUUUUUGAGAAAACCUGUUUUCAAUCAUGGACAACUGUAUGUUGCUAUAUCAAGAGUGACAAGUCGUGAAGGUUUGAAGAUUUUGGUGUGUAAAGAUGAACAAGGUGAAGGCAAUGGUGAUUCUACUGUUAACAUUGUUUAUAAAGAAGUUCUUCAAAACUAA